UUAACCAAUCCCAAAAAAUUCUCUCUGUAUUCCCAAGUUUCCAACCAAGUAAAACCCUUUUCUUAAAUCGCCAAGAAAAACCACCCGCCAAACCUAAAUCCCCAAUUUCGACUCCCAAAAACAUCGAUUGCCGAGAAAUCUGUAUUCAAUCAACAAUCAAUUUGUGGUCUAAGCAGCAAUCUAAUCGUCGAUUGAUUGAAUUUGAAGUAAAUCCAUGUUGCUUGGACGAACCAAAUCAAGGGUUCGGUUCCACGACGCGCCGCCCAAAUUCGCCUGCUCCUCCUUCAAGGACAUCCACAUUCUCCUCUCCGACGACGACGGCGGCGGCGACACGCUCGCUUCCCCUAGAAGGCUCUCCAUCUGCCACCGCACCCGCAGCAGCGUCAAGUCCCUCAUCCGCAGCCUCUCUCACCUCCCAUCAUUCCUCGAGAACGCCGCCGCGGCUGCGGUCGCGGCGGAGGAGCAGAAGGAGGAAGAGCUCCGCCCCGAAAUCCGAAUCCCCGGAGCGGAGGCGACGAUAGUGAUCUACUUCACGAGUUUGCGUGUGGUUCGGUCCACAUUCGAGGACUGCAAGGCCGUCCGAACGAUCCUGCGCGCAUUCCGCGUCCCGAUCGACGAGCGCGAUCUGUCGAUGGACGGCCGCUUCACGGAGGAGCUUCUGGAAAUCUUAGGCCUCACGGAGAAGUCGAAGCUGAUGCUGCCGAGGGUCUUCAUCGGCGGCAGAUACAUCGGCGGGGCCGAGGAGGUUCGUUGCCUCCACGAGACCGGCGAGCUGAAGAAGUACAUGGAGAGGCUGCCGCGCGCCGCUCUCGGCACGUGCGACACUUGCGGCGGAUACGGAUUCAUCCUCUGCAUAGACUGCGACGGCAGCCGGAAAUGCUACAACGAGAAAGCCGGCUUCAGGUGUUGUACGUUGUGCAAUGAGAAUGGCCUCAUUAGGUGCCCUUCUUGUUCCUCUGCGCCCCUCUGAACUGCUUUUUGCUGAUAUGUUUGUUUGGAUUUUUAGUCUUAGUUUUUUAUAUAUAAAUCCUUGAUCAAUAUGUGAACCAUUAAGCACUCGAGCUUUAGCUUUAAUAGGUUAGUGCUUUUAUGUGAGCUAGGGCUUGAGUGACUUUUGCUGUAGCUGAUUUUGGGUUGAUUUUAGUGUAGUUUUCUUUGACAAAAGGAGGAAAGAGUAUUUUAUUGCUUCCUUUGACACCAUCCUGUUCCAAUUGUGGAUGAAUGUUGCAAAAAUGUUGUUUUUUUGUGAUCAAUAACUAAACCAUUAGAUAGUUUGUGCCCGUGUUUUUGUGUUUGCGUUUUCAUUUGUUAUGACGGUAUACUUUGUCGAUCCACUUGGUUUGUUACUAUUGUUAGUGUGCAAUCUUGUUUACAAAGGAAUGUGAUCCAUGGUGGUUGUGGUUGAUAAGAAAAAGCUUGUGGGAUUUCUUUAUGUAAUUAGAUAUUUUUCAUGGACUACUUUAAACAAGUAAUACCUUGCUGUGCUUGAAGCCGUAGAUCUACUGAGGAAAGAAAAAGUCCUUGGCAGUUUGUUUGCAGCACCUUCUUAUGUGCCAGAGUUGGAAAGUAUAGGAAGGAUAAUUAUCAGUUUACAAAGCAGUUAACUCUUACAAAUGCAGUGUGCGUUACUCCAUAUCAGAACAGGGUGUGUUAGUGUUGCAACUGGAUGUUUCAAGCAGUGUUUUUGCAUUGCUCAAUAGGCAGUUCCUCCCUAGUAUAAUUUGGUUGGAUUUGCUUUACCUUCUAUUGAUACAUUUGUUUACUCUCUUUA